GGUGCCGACGCCUGUGCGGACGUUCGCGGCUGCAGCCUUCCUGUGGCUGCAGCGCCGCCCGACCGGUGCUUUGUGGUGGGGUCGCCUGGCGCUGUUCUACCCGAGCUCCGGCAUUCCUGUGGCAGACAUCGGCGUCGUGCUGACGUGAAAGCCGGAAAGGACCCUCUGCCACUUUGAUGUGUGAGCUCAGUGAUGGCCCCGCAGUGGAAGUAAGUGAGCUGACCAUGAGGCUGCUUUGGAAGUCCCUGGACAAGAUGAGGUGUCUGAGGAAGCGCUCGGCCAUCCCCUUCCUCGGCUUCCUCGUCACGUUCCUCCUCUUCCUCAACCUUUACAUUGAAGACGGAUAUGUGAUGGAAGAAGAUAAGAGGCAGCUUCGAGAGACGUCGGCCCACUCCCCGAGUGCAGAGCGAUACGUGCACACCUUCCGAGACCUUAGUAACUUUUCGGGAUCCAUCAACGUCACAUACCGCUAUCUGGCUGGGACGCCCCUCAACCGCAAGAAGUAUCUGACCAUCGGGCUGUCGUCGGUGAAGAGGAAGCGCGGGAACUACCUCCUGGAGACCAUCAAGUCCAUCUUUGACCAGUCCAGCUACGAGGAGCUGAAGGAGAUCGUGGUGGUGGUCCACCUGGCCGACUUUGACUCGCUGUGGUGUGAAAACCUGCUGCAGGAAAUCAGCCGCAAGUUCUCGCACCACAUCAUCGCCGGCCGCCUGCUGGUGAUUCAGGCUCCCGAGGAGUACUACCCGUCCCUGGACGGCCUGAAGAGAAACUACAACGACCCCGAGGACCGGGUGCGCUUCCGCUCCAAGCAGAACGUGGACUACGCCUUCCUGCUCAACUUCUGCACCAACCUCUCCGACUUCUACGUGAUGCUGGAGGACGACGUGCGCUGCGCUCGUAACUUCCUGACGGCGUUGAAGAAGGUGAUCGCCUCCCGCGAGGGAUCCUACUGGGUGAUGUUGGAAUUCUCCAAGCUAGGCUACAUCGGGAAGCUGUACCAUGCGCGGGACCUGCCGCGCCUGGCGCACUUCCUGCUCAUGUUCUACCAAGAGAUGCCGUGCGACUGGCUGCUCAUCCACUUCCGCGGCCUGCUGGCCCAGAAGGACGUGAUCCGCUUCAAGCCGUCGCUCUUCCAGCACAUGGGCUACUACUCGUCCUACCGGGGCGCCGAGAACAAGCUGAAGGACGACGACUUCGAGGAGGACGCGGUGGACAUUCCAGACAACCCGCCGGCGCGGCUCUACACCAACAUCGAUGUCUUCGAGAGCUACGACGCCGCCAAGGCCUACAGCGCCGUGGACGAGUACUUCUGGGGCAAGCCGCCGUCCACCGGCGACUUCUUCGUGGUGGUCUUCAACAAGUCGGCCAAGAUCAGCAGGAUCAAGAUCGCCACGGGCUCCGACGACAGACAGAACGACAUCCUGCACCGCGGAGCUCUGGAAGUCGGCGAAAAACUGGUGGGCACCAAAAAGGGAAAGCAGUGUUCUUCAUAUAUCACCUUGGGGGAGUUUAAGAACGGCAACAUUGAGGUCCGGGACGUGGACCGCAAGAUCAGUUUUGACGUGGAGUGUGUGCGUAUCGUAGUGACGGCCACUCAAAAGGAGUGGCUCAUCAUCAGAAGUAUAAGUUUAUGGACGACACCUCCGCCCAGCCAAUGAGGAGGUCGUGCGGACAUCGCGGACAACAAUUUCCAUUUUAAAUGUACCACUCCGACGAAAGCGUUUUGUACGUAUUUAUUGAUCUGGAUUGCUCAAUGUUUUUUUUUUUAAUACCAGCGAUUCUUGGAUCCUCUUCCUGGUUCCUUGUGUUUGUUGUUAACGUGACGGUAAUGUAGAGCAGAAAGGCGAGCGCAGAGCCAUCGUGGUGUGGUGUCAAAAUUGUGAUUGAUUCUCUUUCGUGAGGCCCACAAAGACCAUCGCCAUCAAUCGGUGUUAUGAAGCGGUCCAGUGGUUUGUUUGACUUACAAAACCAGUUGGCAGAAGCUAACAUUAGCAGUCUUUAUCUUUACUCUGCGUCCCCUCCAGUACAACAACAACAACAAAAAACUAACAAAAAAAAUGCACAUGUGAGAUUCAACUCAAUCUAUUGUUCCCAAAAAGUGAAACUGGGCAAAAUAGAUUUGUGUUAGCGAAAACAGGAAGUAUUUGGGAAGGUAAACUGUGUUGAACAUUGUUAAAAGCUGUUGAAUGGAAGAUUGUUUUUGUUUUGGGGUUUUUUUUUCAUAAAAGAAAAGAGCAUUCAGCAUCAAGCCUAGUUUGACAAUCAAUGCUCCCAAAAAAAGGUUGACCAUUUCACGUGGCCCAUCAAGGAUAUCUGCUACCAACGAGAGCUAAUUUGAACCAAUUCCUGAGUCAGAGAUCAUCAAAAGUACAAGGGCUGGAAUCCACCAAAAAUGUCAACUUCAAAUCAAAAUGCUUAGCUUCCCGUAGAAUUUCAAACAUGAGCCCUCGAGUCUUUUUCGUUCAUCUUCUCAUGAGAGACGUGUACACCCACCCAAUUUUCCUGUCUAAAGGGAGGGGUGGGGGGGGGCUAAGUAUUUCAGCCUUCAUGCCCAUUUUAUGUAUUUAUUGGAAUGAAUCCCAAAUUAGAUGCUUCAACUUACUACUCAGUUUCAAUUAUGGAUCUUAAAGUUUUUUCAUGCAUUCUGUUCCAAAUGUCAUGUCCACAUCACAUGUAGGCCCAAAUUAAUUCAUGUCAUGAUUGGUGAAACUGGUGGCACGAGCUCAUUAGUGUGCGCGUGCGUGUGAGUGUGCGUGUGCAUGUGUGUGGGUGUGUGUGUGUGUGUGUUACUUUCCAGACCUCUUUUAUAAGGCAUUUGCUCCUAAAUGGCGGCUUCAAAUCAACAUGACUUCCUGCCAACUGGUGUAGGGCGGAUGAUUUUAGAUAAAUCAUUAUCAAUAAAUCAAUAAAUUUUAAAUCAAUAAAAAAAAUCUAAAUCAAUAAAUCAUCAUAUUUAUUUUCAAUUCUUUUCAUUUUCUCCAGAUAGACUCCGAAAAUACAUUUAUACCAGAACACAGAGGUACCUCUACUUACGAAUGUCUCUUCAUACAAAAUUUUCAAGUUACAAAAUGCCUCAACAGGAAAAUAUUGUCUCUUGUUACGAAAGAAAUUUCAAGAUACAAAAGGUAAAAAUACAGUAUGUUUUGCUAGUCGCAGCUCCGAGUUCUCUGAACACAACAUAUUUAUAGCUGCUCUGCCAUUGGCUAUUACCGAGCAUCAUCCUGGCAUCCCAUUGGCUUAGAGGGAACUCUACCGUAUUUGUCUCUGUGUGUGGACAGGGAGAUAGAUAUGCAGCGUCCUUGUCAUUUGCCCCUUGGGCCAUGAUGUUUUCUGAUAGUUUUACGUAAAUGUGAAUCACCCAGAAAAAGUGUUCUGCAGUCAGGCGAUCGCUCACUAUGCUGAUGUUUGCCUUGGACAUUUUCGCAGGACUGUUAAAAGCCGGCAAAAGCAUACGUCCUUGGCUCAGUUCUUGACAAAACAAGGCAAAAACCACUUCUCAGAGACAACAUGGAAUACAAAGGGUAAAAAAAAGAUGAGGACGCAGUUAAUCAUUUUUAUUCUUUGUGCGUUGUUUUUUUACAUUAUGCACAACUCUCAUUAAUGUGCAACAAUCUAAUUGUAACAUGUAUUUGUUCCAUAUUUUGAUGCAUUUUUAUGCUUUAGGAAACAUUUAUGUUUUGUCGGGGCUUGUAACGAAUUAGGGCCUUUACAUGGAAAACGCGUCUUGACUUGCAACAAUCAAAUCGUAACAUGUAUUUGUUCCAUAUUUUGAUGCAUUUUUAUGCUUUAGGAAACAUUUAUGUCAGAAUUUUGUCUGGGCUUGUAACGAAUUAGGGCCUUUACAUGGAAAACGCGUCUUGACUUACAAAAUUUUCUAGUGAAGAAAUUUCAUACAGAACCAAUUGAUUUCAUCAGUCGAGGUACCACUGUAUACACACGUGCAAACAUUUCUGAGAAUUUGGAGCCCCCCUCCCACCCCCCCUAAAAAAGGAGAUUAACAUUUUGUUGAAUUUUUGUCCAAGGUAUUACAUUUAACCGAAGCAUCUCCGUACUACAUCUUAUAAUAAAAGGAUGAGGGUGUAAUAGUUAUGAGGAAGUGCAGUACAACAGGCUGUCUUUGAGAACAAUUACUUAAGGUAAUUGUGUCUUUUGCAGCCUUUCAAGACGGAUAACAAGGCAGCCAAGUGUCGCGGUGGGAUUCCCGGCAGGCCUUGUCCCCGUUUGGACCUUAAUGAGCUCCCUUUCCGCUAAGCCACCUGGAGGAGCGCCAUCUUGAGGUGCUUGGCACUUUGGAUAUUCACUUUGAAGGCGUUUUUCCUCCCCUGUGUCACCGCGUCUGCUUCGUCUUGUGUCAAAGCAGCUGACAGGAGAACAUUGUUUGUUUAGUUUUUUUGUUUUUUAGACUGGAGAUGAGAUUGCUCAGUGAAGAAUGAGCCAUCAGUGCUGCUAUUUUCUCUUUUUUUCCAUCUCUUCUUUUUUCCACCCCCCAUAUUAUCUCAGCAGCACAAUUUUCCCUCAGUAAAUGCGCUCUCUUAUGACAAAACAGACCCUCAAAAAAGCCAAUUCAAAGCAAAAUAGCAGACUUGCCGUGUCUUUUCAAGUCAGGCUUCUCGUGUAUCGACUCGUGACAGACAUGAAUACCAAAUUUUAUGUCGCUGAGUGAAACUACUGUAGCUUAAGAGCUUGAAUUCUUGAAAAUAUUCUGGGCUGCACAACAGAGCCAAGAGCGAGCCAUCAAACUUUUCAAACAUAAUGAUGAAACAAAAAUUUCAAUUUGUCAAGUGUCAUCCAUCCCUCACAGUGGUCUCCAACGUGCUGCCCGCGGGCACCGCAUUGCCCCCAAGGAGCACAUGGAAAUCCCGUGGGCCUCUUCCAAAAAUAGUUCACCAGCGCAUGAGACAUUGUGAUUUUCUAGGAAUGUUCUAAAUAGAUUUAGAAACAUGGAUCAUGACAAAUCCUAGUCUAAUAAACAUUCUUCAAAUUUUGUAUCAAACGGACUAAAUCUCAAUGACUUUGAAGGCCCCCCCGGAAACCCUAAAAUUGCCAUUUCAAAACAAAAUCACUGAGAUUCUUCCUUUGUACUUUUUUGGAACUUUUUUUGUGGGUCUACUCAUGAUAGACAUGCCUGGCAAAAUUCAUGUUGCAAAAUGAAAAUGACUCAAGGGGCUGAAUCUUACAAAAAUUCCAGGGUGCACUCUUCAUGGUGCUAAGAUUUUGCUGACACACAAUGACAAAAACUCAAUUGCGAUUUAGUGUUGCCCAUGUCACGGGUUUACGUACUUCACGUGUUGUAUGAGACAAAAUGUCUUGGACCCCUGGAAAUGACCCUAAAAUGGCAACGUCAAACAAAUAUGGAUGACUUUCUGUGUCUUUUGAGGCAUGACUAUGAGACAUUUUUGUGGGUCUAUUCAUGACAGACCUGCAAACUAAAAUGUCAUGUUGCUGAGUGAUCGUGACUUUCGGGGCUGAAUCAGAUUACUUGCCCGACCAAAGCAAUGGUGGCUUGUUUGUUUUUGAACGACCCUUACAAAUGACUAAAAAUCGACCUCAAAAUGGCCAAGUGGUGCAAGCCAAAAUGGCAGACUGUGUCUUUUCCAGCAUGGCUUUUUAAGCCUUUUUGGUAGGUCUACUAAUGGUAGACCUGCUAAAAAAUGAAUACAUUUACUUUUCAGCCUCAAAAUUGUACUCACCGCACCACUUAAUGACAACAUGAAAAAAGUUGUUGUCACACUGCUAAGUGAGACUUGACCCACGUCUGACGUUAGCUUAGGUGGCAGUCUGGACAUGUGACGCAUGUAACACGUGCAUGAAGUGAUGGUGAAACAAUUUUCCUGGACGACAACAUCAUAUCAUUCCUUGGCUUUCCUUCUGUUCUUCUCGUUGCUGCUGUACUGUAAGAUGACGCAUAUAUUUUUGUACGGCGAUGCUACCCACAUGUUGUAUGACGAUACCGUGUUGCAAAAAGGAGACGAAUUAAAUCCAUGAAUGCCUA